AUGUCUGAAGAUUUUUCAGAAUUUACGCAUUAUCCUAUAAAAGAUUCGGUUAAAAAUACACCUUUAUCAAGAGAUAUAGUAGUAGAUUAUGAUGUUACAAGGAGAGAUGCAUUGGCAAAGAUUGAUAAUGCAGAAUUUAAAUUUAUUCAUCUUCGCAUAUGUAUAAUUGCGGAUAUUAAAAAAGGAUAUGCAGAGGUACAAGAUCUUCUCCAUUACGGUACUUAUAAAAGGAAUAAACAAUUUGAAAAACAUUAUCUAGUGGAACCACAUAAAGCUACAUUGAAGGAUUUUCGAGGUUACGGAAUUUCAGCUGCGAGUGGAAAACUCGGUGCUGUUGUUGCACAACUAUUUCUUUUAUUUCUUAAAGACAUUGGUGGAAAAAAUCAUUUUAUAAGCUAUUUAUUUCAAAUAUUUGCAGCAUUUGCAUUUGCGGGAUUCUUAUGUUCUUAUUUAAUUCCAGAAACAAAAGGUCGUUCAUUAGAAGAAACUUCUAAUGAAAAUUUAUUACACAAACACAUUAAAUUUGAAGAAAUUUCAUGA